AGUUGGGUUAGCUGUUUGUUUGAUGAGGGUCAGUCUCUGAACCUGGACAGAGCUGGGUGACAGAAUAGAGUUUGUUAAAAGCAAUAGAAGUCUCUAGAGAGUCUCCACAAUACCCAGAAAAUAGGUUAGAGUUUUGUAAUCACUCGAGUAAACCGAUGAAAUCUAUUCCUAGUUUAGAGGAUGAAGUGUUCUGGGGCCUUGUCUCUUCUUAGCGUCCUCCUCCUCCGUUAACGUUAUCUUCUCGUAUUCUCGAUCAGUCCAUCCAUAUACCUGACGCUGUCUCUCGGGCGUGGGGCCCGGCUCCAGAUGAUCUUCUCUGUCUCCGGUGGAGGCGGGUGGUGUGUGUUGCAGCAGGUGUUUCUGACUCCAUCAUCAUCAUCAUCAUCAUCACCAUCUUCAUCAGAGCUCUUUAUCUUCACAGGUUUCUCUCUCAGCUGGUGAAUAAUCACGAGUUCAGAAAAGCAACGAGCGUUUAAAAGUAAACAAGACGUUAAAACGCAGACCAGUCAAAUAAUGAUUUACUGCAGAACCUUCUCAGGUCAUAUCAUUUCCUCACUCGGUGAAAGCCGUCGCUUAUGAAAAUUAGAAAUGGUUUCACUGCAGAUAAUAUAAAAAAGCAGCUAGUUAAACCAUGGUAACCACUAAUUAAACAUGCUUUUUGCAGUUACACAAUCAGAUAACUUUCUUCUCCUGCAUCUUAUUCUUCACACAGUUCAGAACAGAGAUUCUUUCAUUCAGCCUUUUAUCUGUUUUAUGGUGUUUUGCAUUUGCCAAAAAAUAUUAGUUAUAAUAUAUAUAUAUAACAAACAAGCUAGUUCAAUAAAAAGUAUCUAUGUAAGACAGUUAUUAGUGAGUAGUUAAGGCAAUAUUGUAAUGCAUUAUCUUAAAGUAAAAAGUUCCUACACUUUUACUAAUAAAUCCAUGGUUAAUUUUGACAAAGAAUGUAGUGUUUAAGUCUGUUUAUCUAUGUUUGCAUGCAUUAAAGCUUGGCGUCUGCGUCACAUUACACCGGUUUUGAUAUUUUGUGUUUUUUAAGCGCAAAUUUAUUUCCGAAGGAGUGUGAUGAACCUGAUCGUGAUCUUUCACGCUGACGAACUUUAGGCCUGAAACUUGUUGCAUUGAUAAAAGCAUGAAGGAGUGUGAAGGUCAGGGUCCUGGUCAGGUGUUUGUGUGUUUAUUACAUCUUCAUCUGUUCCGUUUGAUAUUGAGGCUGAUUGAUCCACAAUACAUGCAUAAAAUCCCCCCAUCAUCCACAGACCUGCUGAUAUCAGACGUACACAAGUGACCUCAACGGCUGAGGUUUGUUCUGAAGAAUCUGAGGGACGUGUGUCUGAUUCGGUCCCGUCUGAUUGGUGUCUUGAGGGCUCCAUAAAAGGAGAGAGUAUUGAGGGUCAAAGCGGCUCCUGAGAAGCAGAGAAACACGGACGGAGAGAAGAGAACAGAUGGAGAUGGAGUGAAGACACGAGGCAGCGCUGAGGAGGUCGUCUGGAAGGAUCCUGUCGAGAAACGGAGGAGUACUCUUUAGAUCGUCGAUCCAUGAGCUCCUUCUUUUCUUCUCGUCAUGGGCAACCAGACGUUCACUGCAGAUGUUGAAGAUUUCAAGUCCAUCGUGUCGUCUCUACAGCAGACCGAACACAUCAGACUCUCCCUGAAUCAUGCAGCUGAUGAACAAACAGACCUGGAAAUGAAUGAAGCGAAUCAGGAACCGGAUCUGCAGGCCCUCAAGUUUCUUUACAGUAACACAGAUUCACCCAAAGACACCCCUGAGCCCGUCAGCAUCACGAGCACCAGUCCGCUCCCAGAGUAUCUCUCAGCGCUAGCCGCUAAGCCUCGAGGGGCCCCCAGGGGCCCCGUCAGCGUGGAGCAGAUGAGGGCGGAGCUCCGGGAGCUCAGAGACGAGCUGGACACGCUGAAGACGCAGCACAAAAAAGAGAUCAAGCUGCUCAUGAACGAGCUGGACGAAGAGAAGAAGAUGCGUCUGUCACUGCAGAUCGACGUGGAGCGUCUUAAGAAACACAUGUUGAAGUGAGCUUCCAAAGACUCUAUAAAACAUGCUCUGGAUUUUAAACCAUGAACGAUGACUGGAAAGAGAGAGAGAGAGAGAGAGAGACCUAUACUUUCAAUCACAUGCAACCAUUUCUUACAGUUCUCUCUUGAUCAUCACAUAGAUUUAACUUUAUACAUGUCAGCCGUUGAAGGAUACUAAAGCUUGCAAGUAUUUGAUCAGAAAUACAGUAUAAAUGGUGAAAUAUUGCUACUAUUUAAAAUGAAUGUUAAAACUGUAAUUUAUUUCUGUGAUCAAAGCUGGAUUCCCAGCAUCGUUAUUCUUCAGAAAUCAUUCUAAGAUGCUGAAUUUCUCAUUACUUUUGGAAACAGUCGUGAUGCAUUUAUUCAGGAUUCUGAUGAAUAGGAAGUUUAGAAGAACUUUGUGGAAAUGAACAUCUUUACAAAAACAAAAAUUCACUGGAAACCAACUGUGUGUGAUGAAGUGUAUUAACAUUGCUAUUAUUUAUUUAUACAUGUAUGGGUAUAAUCAUAGUUUCAUUUUAUAUAAAAAGCAAGAACUGAGGCAUAUGAAUAAAACAAAAAA